AAGACAUCUCGUGCUAUAACUCUGAGCCCCGGACGUGCGCAAAACUUCUAGAUGGAGCUGGAGUCCACGACAGGACGUGACCCUGGGCCAGCUAACAAGGAUUCACCCUGCAUCUGCCUGCUUUCCCCCCCACCCCCUUCCAUUUCACAUUGCUGCCCGGGGUUGGGGGUGCUGCUCAGAGCUGGUGUCCCAGGUCAGAGGGAGUGCGCGUCCUCAGGGAGCAGGCUGUUGCUCACUUUCCACAUACCUGCCUCCUUUGAGGACAGAACCCUGUGCCUCCACAAGGGCUUUGCAACCCUUAGCAAGCUAUGGGUGAGUGUCUCUCCUGGGGGAACAAUGAGAGCGGGCUCUGUCCCCUGCCAUGGCCUCUAGUAUUUGUCUAAAGAAGUUUGAGUCUGGAACUGACAGGGGCUGUGGGCAGGAUUCAAAGACUACCUAAGCAAAUGCCCUCACCCAUGCUGAGAGAGGAAGACGGAGCAGCUCAAGGUCACAGAUCACAAACUUCAAUUUCUACAAGACGCAGUCCGCUAACAUCAAUGAAUGCAGGUCCUUCCCCAGCCCCACCUCCUGUUCCCUGGCGCGGGCCACGUCCUCUUGCUGGUCCCAGAUGUCCAAUUCCAGAUGCCUGGCUCGGAGUGGGGAAAUGACCACUGGAGAAGCCCCCACUCCACAAGCUGCCCGGGCAAGAUGUGGUGGCUACUCCUCUGGGGAGUCCUCCAGGCUUGCCCCACGCAGGGCUCCGUGCUCUUGGCCCAGCAGCUACCCCAGCAGCUGACAUCGCCCGGGUAUCCAGAGCCCUAUCCCAGAGGCCAAGAGAGCACCACUGACAUCGAGGCUCCAGAGGGCUUUGCCGUGAGGCUUGUGUUCCAGGACUUCGACCUGGAGCCAUCCCAGGACUGUGAGCAGGACUCUGUCACAAUCACAGCCAGCGGGAUGGAUCCAAGCCGGUUCUGUGGGCAGCAGGGUUCCCCACUGGGCAGCCCUCCUGGUCAGAUGGAGUUUGUAUCCCCAGGAAACCGAUUACGGCUGACUUUCCGGGCCCCCGCCUCCUCUCAGGACAGGACCACUGACCUCCACAAGGGCUUCCUAGCCCUCUACCAAGCUGUGAGAGUGAACCACAGUCUGCCCAUCAGCGCACGGGAGGACAACCCCUCCCAAAUCCAGAACCACUGCCGGGAGCCCUAUUAUCAGGCAGUGCCAGCAGGAACACUUACCUGCACACCCCAGUUCCCCUGGAAGAAGACACAAGAUAGAGAGGAGCUUCCUCACUGUGUACCUGUCUGUGGCCGGCCCGUCACCCCCAUCGCCAAGAACCAGGAGGCCCUGGGUUCCUCCAAAGCCAAGCCAGGCAACUUCCCCUGGCAAGCUUUCACCAACAUCUACGGCCGCGGGGGCGGGGCCCUACUGGGCGACAGGUGGAUCCUCACUGCGGCCCACACCAUCUAUCCCAAGGACGGCGUCUUCGUCGGGAGGAACCGGAGCGUGGACGUGUUCCUGGGCCACACGAGCAUCGACGAGAUGCUGCGGCUGGGGAGCCACCCCGUGCGCCGCGUGGUGGUGCACCCGGACUACCAGCCGCAGGAGUCCCACAACUUUGACGGCGACAUUGCGCUCCUGGAGCUGCAACGGAGCGUGCCGCUGGGCCCCGGCCUGCUCCCGGUCUGCCUGCCAGAGCGCGAGGCCCUCUACCGCAGUGGCGUGUGGGGCUUGGUCAGCGGGUUCGGUGUGGACAGGGGCUGGUUAACCACCGAGCUGAAAUACACAAGCCUGCCCGUGGCCCCACGGGCCGCCUGCAGGGCCUGGCUCCGAGAGAGGCAGAGGUCUGAGCUGUUUUCAGCCAACAUGUUCUGUGCAGGGGACGAGACGAGGCAGCAGAGUGUCUGCCAGGGGGACAGCGGUGGCGUCUUUGUGGUGUGGGAUGAGCGUGCCCAUCGCUGGGUGGCCACGGGCAUCGUCUCCUGGGGCGUGGGCUGUGGCAAGGGCUAUGGCUUCUACACCAAAGUGCUCAACUACCUGGACUGGAUCAAGGCAGUGAUGGACGGGAAGGACUGAGCCAGGGGCGCUUGAGCAGGGACACUCAGCUGGGGACUGGGAGGA